UCGGGAACAGUUUUGCGCGGUGCCGUUUGUAUGUGUAUGUGUGCGUAUGUGCGUUAGUGUGUGUGUGCGCUGCUCUAUUAAACGGAUUAUUAGUUAGCCGGACGGCGUUAAACAUCAUGUCUGCUCACGGUUCAUCUCCUGCUUCGGCCAGGCUGCCAUUCAUCUUCUGUAUUUACUGAGCUGAGAGAUGAAGAGCAGGAAACAGAGGAGCGUCAAAGCUGGAAGCGGCAAGAGCAAAGUCCCCAGCGAUGUGUCCCCCUCCACCAGUCUCCCUCCUCUGGUCGAGGGCCAGCUACGAUGCUUCCUGCAGGUGACAGUAAGCCGGGUAUUAUGGACGGUUCACAAGCCUCCGUCUGCAACAUUCGUCAGGCUGCGGUGGUGGGGAGAGUCCUCCAACGGGACACACUUCUUUCCGAGAGAUGCAUCGCAGCUGUCUCAGAAGACCAUCAAGACCACAGCUCGCUUCCCCAUCCGCUGUGGGCCGAAGCAGUUCACCUCAUAUCUUACUGAUAUGGGCUCUCUGGUGCUGGAAGUUCUGACAAAACCGGAUCAUUUGCCAAUUGCACGGGCUCAGGUUGCGGGCAUCUCUCGUCUCUCUCUGUCACAUUCCAUCAGCGGAUUUUACACGCUUGUGUCUCCGACUUCUGAGAAGCUGGGAGAGUUACAGAUUUCCCUUAAUUUGGAGGCUCUGACAGAAGCCUAUGAUAGCAGCAGCUCGCUCCCCACCACAGAUGUCAGCAUCGAAGUGCCGCAGGUCAACACACUUACUGUUCCCUCACAGCCCAGAUCACUCUCAGCUGGCAGUGCAAGAGAAUCAGCUGGGAGCAGCAGUAGAAACACACCAAGAGGGAAAGACCAUUUAUAUUUCCAAAAUGUCCAGAAAACAAAAGAAGCAUCACUGGAGAAUCAGAUACCAAAGAACAGUCAAACGCCUCUGAAUCCUUCAAGCCAGGAACCAACCAAUGAUAUCCUCUCAGUUAUUCUAGAGCGUGGAAACAAGCUGAGAGACGCUAUGGUGGUAUCAGCUUUGAAAUGCGACAUGGAUCCAGCUCUGAAAGACACUCCUCUGCCUCUCCCGAAGGAUAACAUCCUGCCAGCUUCCAAGCCCUUCUCCUCUCCCUCUGGGAUGUUUCUUCAAAACAUUCAUCAUGCUGAUUCAGCUUUCAAGCACUCUGAUGAUGUUGUCGUUAUCUCGGAUAGCAGCUUAGAUUGUCCUACUGACAUGGACAACAGAGCUGUGGAUCUGCUCCUUGGAAGCUUGAACACAUCUCUGCCUCUCUGGGAUGGUGAGAUCUUACCUGAAUCUCUGUCUGGCCACAGCAGUGUGUGUGGGGAUAGUGAGCUCAGUGAUCCACAAUAUGAUCAGAGCCUACUGGAAAAUUUGUUCUACAAAACUCCUAUGUCAGAUAUCCCAUCAAAUGACACUGAGGCUGAGGGUCAAGGAACAGUGUCUUCCAUUAAAAAACAGCCGACACAGUCUGGACCCAAGAUUAGUGGAGGUCUAAAUCCAGAACCCCAGCAGCCUGCAGAUGCUGGUGGUGUUCCUCCUGACCUGAGUGCAGAGCAGUUGACUUUGCUGAGUAUGAUCCGUCUGGCGAGAGUCACCGUCGACUCCCUGACCGUACCUAAAGGCAGCACAACCACCACACCUAGAAAGGCCUUUACUAAAGGGAAACCUCCUCGAACAUUAACCAACAAGAAGUGCACAUAUUUUAUAGAGUACGUGUUCCCAGUGGCUGCCACUUCCAGUCGACAUGAUCAUAGUAAGUGUGGAAACGGGGAGGUGACCAGGGCGGUUGCCAGUAAAGUCGCAGGAGGAGUGGUGAAGUUCCAUCAGCAGUCUGUGUUUCCUGUCCACCUUGGCAUGGCAACAGUUAAACAGUGGUGGGGAACUGAACUGACCUUCAAGAUUUUUGCUCGAAAGAGUGACCAAAAGAAACCUGUUCCCAUUGGUAAGGCUGUUCAUCCACUGCGCCGUCUGCUCCUUAGCAAGCAGUUGAGUCAAUCUGUCAUCUUACCUGUACAGAGUUUGGAAGGAAACACUGAAACUCAGGAGAUUGGACCUCUCAAGGUGGCGCUAGAACUUGCUACAGGCAACAGAGAUUUCUCCUCCGAAAGAAGUAAAAGCAAGCUGGCUCAUAGAGACACAUCGCCUUCACAAAUGGCGCCCAGCCCAGUGAGAGAGACCAGUCCCAGAUCUCAGCAUAUUGACGCUGGCAGUGAGGAGAUACCAGCUGGAUAUUUUGAAGAUUCCAGGCUGAAUGUUUGGAGUCCUCAGAGACCCUCCAGAGAACUGUCUCCCCGUCCAGGUCUCCUCACAUCUCCUCAUAAAUCAAGGCAACCAGUGGAGGAGGACCCUGAGGUCCUGCUGCACACCUUACUCAUGGUGCCAGAUGGAAAGAACUUCAGCUGUGGACCCAUUCAGGCUCCAAACGUGUACUUGAACUGUAAACUCUUCUGGUGCGAUGAGAUGGCAAGAUCUGGUGUCAGCUGGGGUCAGGCUAAUCCUUCCUUCAACUUUGUUCAGGUGACACCUGUUGCCUUGACAGCUAAGCUGCUGGAGCGGAUGAAGAAUAAUGUGAUGGUGAUCGAGGUGUGGCAGAAGACAGGAAGUUCAGGGCAUGAUCGACUUCUCGGCCUUGUUAAAUUACCUCUGCACCAGUUCUACAUGUCAUUUAGGGAUCCAAAGAUCACCCACCUUCUUCUCCAGGCGCAGUACCCCGUUUUAGGGGUGGACUGCUACAUGCCUGUCAUCGAUGUGUUCUCAGGUAGUUGUAAAGGAAAUCUCAGGGUCGUUUUGGCUAUGGGCCGAUCGGAACAGAUAAUUUCCCUCCAGCGCACGAGAGAUGAAGAAUACGACUCUUUAUCUCAUCUUGUGAGACCAGUUCAUCUGCUUGAUCACCAGCCAAGUUCACACACAAAGACAACUGCUGCACAAGAGGCAAUUCUGAGAGAGCAUCUGUUCGUGAUAAGGGUGGAGAAGGUAAAUGGUCUAACACCUUUGCAGGCAACAGUCUGGGGUGAGGCUGACUGUUAUGUCCAGUACAAUUUCCCCUCUCAGGAGGCCGACCUUGCUACAAAAGUGGACCAAAACCUCAUCGAGAGUAGUGUGAAUCUUAAGCUGUUUCGUACCACCACGACUCUUUGUGUCCCCGACCCGGUGUUUGGCCACACUGAGACUCAUGUGCUUCUGGCUCCUGACGGAGUUCCUGUUCAGAGGCUACUGCUCAGCUCUCUUUCAAGUCAAGGCCUAAGCAGUGGAGGGGGUGUCCAGUUCGAAGUGUGGUGCAGAUAUUAUUAUCCAAAUGUCAGAGACCAACUUGUGGCCAAAGGAAUGCUGCCAUUGUCCAAACUGUGUGCCAUGGUCACCAUGCAGCGACAGCAUCCUAACGAGGCUCAGAUGUUCUCCCUGCCCCUGAUUCCCAGGACGGACAGUCCCACAGGACAACAUUCUCAGCCCUCAGGUCUUCUUGAUGUGUGCAUUCGGUACAAGCACAGACCAGUGAGACCUGAAGGGCGGACCGGUAAAGGAGCUGCCGCUCGUGUUGUGACACUCGUGGUUCAGGUGCACAGAGCAUCAGGUCUGCAGGCCGCAGCAAGGGCCGUAUCUGAACAAGAUGAAAGGUUCAGCUACUUUGCCAGUGUGGGAGUGAAUGCAUACAUCACCAUCCAGCUCUCCUUCCUGCCUGAGAGUGAAAGAAGGAGCACCCGUGUCGCUGCCAGGACCUUCUGUCCGGACUUUGAUCACCACAUGGAGGUGUCCUGUGAUCUGCUGGCUCAGAGAAGCAGCGGAGAAACCUGCAGCCUGGCUGAGCAGCUGGAGGAGGCAUCGGCUGUCUUCACUGUCUGGAACAGAGAGAGUCGCAAAGCAGUGAUAAGUCAUAAGCCUAAAGAUGUGAUGUUGGGCACAGUGAAAAUACCGCUGGCUGAUCUCGUCCAUAAAAGAACAGGUAUUUCUGGCUGGUUUGGGGUGUAUAUGCCGAGGGAAACAAGUUCUUCUCAGAAUCAGCACAUCUUGGUCGGAGGCCUCGAGAUCGCUAUCAACUUCGCCCACCACUCAGACAGGGAAAGAGUCAUUAAGGCAGCCCAGGGUGUGGGCUGGGGAGUAGCCCAGUAUGAAGAUGAUAAAGACACCUGGGCAGAAAGCAUGAGAAAGAUGUCUUUGACUUUUUCAAUGCCAAGAGUUUGGAUACCGGUCCACUGCUUGCUCCUGCCAGGCCUAAGUGAGCUUCAGCGCUCCACUUACUGCUACUUCAGGUACAAGUUCUAUGACCAGGAGGCUUUCUGCUCACAGAUGAAACACCCCACUGUUGAGGAGGGUGGGGAGGAAGGCCAGGCCUCUGUGUCUUUCCAAGGAAGUAGAACUGUGGAGCUGAGGAGCACUCAGCCGUUGAUGUGGUAUCUUCGAGAGGAAAAGCUGGAGGUUCAGGUGUGGAUCGCUUUUAAAAAGGACAAAACCAGAAGGCCCACAGACACAGACCGGCUGGUGGGCUCAGCGUUUGUUGAUCUGUCCUCUCUUGCAAAGACACCUGAGCAGAAGCUCACUCUCAGCGGAGUGUACCCACUGUUCAGACGCUCAGCAGCAGAUCUACAAGGAGCUGCUCUCAGAGUACACAUCACCCUGACAGCAGGAUUCCUCCCUGCGGAAGUCUCUGCUGGACCAGACUCCGAGGUGGACUCAGACAACCAGAUGGACUUUUUAUCAGAAGAAGCUGAAGAAGCAGUGCCUCUGCCAGUUUCACCCAGAAAAAGCAAGAAAAAAUCCUCCAGAACAACUCCAGACAUCACGUCUGCGCAUCACACAGAAAUUAGCAUGGAUGAAUCUUUCCCUGUGACAGUUGCAGUGGAUCAGGCUAUGCAUCUCAAUCUGAAAGGCUGUCCUCUAGCAGAGCGCAGUGAGGGUUCCCCAUGCUGCUGUGUUUCGUACGUCACUGCUGACUCUGCUGAACCAGCGUCCACAGCUGUCGUAGCCAACACUGACUGCCCUGUGUGGGAUCAUCAACAAGAGUGCAGGCUUUCAAAUCAGCUCCUGGUUGAUCCACAACAAUCUCUUGUGUUCAAAGUCUGGCACAAAGGAGAAAUGGAGAGGGUGAUUGGAUUUGCCUCUGUAGACCUGUCCCCCUUACUAUGUGGGUUUCAGUCGGUGUGUGGUUGGUACAACAUCACAGACUUCAGCGGUCAGUGUCAUGGUCAGCUCAAAGUGUCCGUCACUCCACUAAAGGGGGUCCAAGAGCUCCGAGGUCAGAGAAAAACUGUGAAUGAAGAUGCUGCUAAAAACUCAUCGGGUUCAUUCAAGGCGCUCCCUGUCAGCUAUCAUACCACAGCCACAUACAGCAGCUUCCCCUCUCACAUCAGCCGAUACCCCGAGCAGAAGAUCUCGUCACCUGACCACACGGAGAAGCUGUUCUCAGAAAGGUCCAGUGAGAGCGAUCGCCAUUUUGAACACAUGGACAAAGUACGUCUUUACCACCAGAGUCUGCAGGAGCAAACAGCAGCUAAUUCUGCCUGUAGCAGCAGCGCCGCUGACAUCAAUCCAUCCAGCUCGUUUCUGUUCUCAGCACUCAGGAGAAAACUAAGUGAGCUCGACAACAUCCAGAGGUACUUCAGUCGAAAGCUUUCUACACCCACAUUCCCACUCCUGAGUGAGCAGGACUGUCACAUCAGGCAGGAGGAGCAGGAGGACACAGACUCCUCUCAGCUUCUUCAAAAGUCCAACCAGUUAGUUGGAGAAGUUAACAACAUCAUCACAGGUCUGCGAGAACACCAUCUAGAAACGAUUCUCUCAAAUCCUCAGAGUAGCUCAACAUCUUCUCCUGUUGAAGACAACAACCUUCAAACUAUCCCUGAGAGUAUCACCAGACCGCACAGAGCUUCAAAUUCUUCCCAAGAAGGAGAGUUUCCUCUGCCCUCGCUACUUCAAAAAAUGUCUGAAGACACAGACUCUGAGCCAGAGGUAGAAAAGGAGAGAGAAAACUACAAGGUUACUGAGUCAGAGGAGGAAGAUGAAGAUGGGACAGGUGGCAGACAGGACGAGGGAGAUGAAGAGGAAGAAGAUGAAGAUUACGAGGAGGUUGUGGUGAAGCCGAGGCAUCUGAAUGAGGUGACAUCUUUAACAGAUAAAACCAGUCCUUGGACCAGCAUCCUUUCGGACCCUGACCUGGUUUCUCUGGAGAGCCUGGAGGUGCCAGAGGAGCCAGAUCUGAGCCAAUACGAGGAGGAGAAGAAGCAGACUUUAAAGCUGCAGACUCAUGACUGUUGUGGGAAACAUGAGUGUGGCAGAGGAGAGGAAAGUGACGAUGGAUCAGCAGAUGAUACAUCAGACACAGACAGAGAUGAUGAACGCACGAUACAAACUGCAGAUGAGAGACCAGAAAAAGAAGCCAAGAGCUCCAGCGAGGGGUCGGACGACGAAGGGACAUCGCUCACAGCACAGCAUGUCACAGAUACCCAUGAUGCUUCAUGCUCCCAGGAGAAUCAAGAUGCCACACUUCAACCCGUUGUGCCUGUCGAUGUCCCUAAUUUCUUCCUCCCUUCUCACCAACUGGAGGCGUCCAUGAGAGCCAUACGAUUAGCUCCUUCUUUCUCCCAGUCAGCCAAUGACCCGGAGCGAAACUCAGCUCAUCGCAGAGCUCCUCGACAGCGUCGCAAUAUGUCGCCUUCGUCCAUGAAGAAAGAGACCGAGAGAAUAGCGAAAAUAUUUGCAGCUCACUUUGAUGACAGUUGAUAGAACAUGGGGGUCUUGUACACAUUUGUGAACACAUCUAUACAGCUCAGUGUUUUCAGACCAUGAAAAGAUUAUGUAAAUUAAAUGUAAUUUUGUAUUUUUAUAAAUAAAUGUGAACUGUUUUCAACUUUGAA